GCCUAUUUUGUCCUCUUACCUCUCUCUCAUUCUAUAUCUAUUCACUUUCACACUCACCUCAUUAUCAUGGCAGCAGACCAAAACCACCACCUUCUUCCAGAGUCACCCCAAGAGCAAAACCAUCACCUUCCUCCAGAGUCACCACAAGAGCAAAACCACCACCCUCCUCCAGAGUCACCACCACCACCACAACAAAAACCACAAAACAACUACUUUCCACCACCCGAAAUGAUUCCGGACCGAAAUAUAAAAGAAUGUAAUAUGCAUCACCAAACCAGUGAACCCUACAGAGCUCUCUGCACCUGCCUCACCAUCCUCCUCCUCAUCCUCGGCGCCACCGCCCUCUCGCUCUGGCUCGUUUACCGCCCCCACAAGCCGCAGUUCACCGUCGCCGCUGUCGCCAUCUACUCCCUCAACGCCACCUCCCCUCCCUCCCAAAUCUCCACCACCAUGCAGUUCACCAUCGUCACGCGCAACCCCAACCGGAGGGUCUCCAUUCGCUACGACCGUCUCCAGGCCUUUGUGGCCUAUCGCAACCAAGCCAUUACCCAGCAGGUGAUGCUCCCCCCGCUGGCGCACGGACGCCAUAGUAGCGUGGCUGUGUCGCCCUUGCUUGGGGGAGUGGCGGUGCCGGUGUCGGCGGAGGUGUUGAACGGGCUAGAGAUUGACGAGGCGUACGGGGUGGUGAAGCUGAGGGUGGUGGUGGUGGGGAGGCUGAGGUGGAAGGUGAAGGGGUUGGGGAUAAGGACCGGGCAUUAUGGGAUCUAUGUCAAGUGUGAUGUGCUGGUUGGGUGGAAGAAAGGGUUCGUGGGUCAAGUUCCAUUGCUGGGUUCUCCUUAUUGUAAAGUUGAUAUAUGAUCGAGUAGAUUUUUGGUUGUUGCAGUUGAGUUGCUUGUUAAUUUUUGUUUGAUUAAAUUCUCGUUUGUUUAAUUAUUGUGAAUCUGAGCAUGAAGAUGAAGAAAGAUAAUGAAGGAUUUAUUGUUCU